CCCAUACACCCCCUACACAUCGCCACUGAUGAGGGCUGUCCUUAAGCAUUCACUGUCCUACUUGUGUGGGCCUCAUGAGUUCAGUCAGGGUGGAUGCUGGAUGCUCUGUCAUGAGUGCAUGGGAGCAGUUCCCUCAUAAGUGGGGUAGUGGCACUCACAGGCCCUGGCUCCCACCCUCCCCCACCCCAGGAAUGAUUUCCUAAAAGAAGUGAAGAUCAUGUCACGGCUGAAGGACCCCAACAUCGUGAGGCUGCUGGGCGUGUGUGUGCGGGACGACCCCCUCUGCAUGAUCACCGAGUACAUGGAGAAUGGUGACCUCAACCAGUUCCUCAGCGCCCACGAGCUGGAGGCCAAGACAGGGGGCAGUGCCAGCGAUGCCCCCACUAUCAGCUACCCAACGCUGAUCCAUGUGGCAGCCCAGAUUGCCUCAGGCAUGAAGUUUCUGGCCUCCCUCAACUUUGUGCACCGGGACCUGGCCACACGCAACUGCCUGGUGGGUGAGGGCUUCACCAUCAAGAUUGCCGACUUCGGCAUGAGCCGCAACCUCUACUCGGGUGACUACUACCGCAUCCAGGGCCGAGCUGUCCUGCCUAUCCGCUGGAUGGCCUGGGAGUGCAUCCUUAUGGGGAAGUUCACAACAGCCUCAGAUGUCUGGGCCUUUGGGGUGACGCUGUGGGAGGUGCUCAUGCUGUGCCAGGAGCAGCCCUACAGCCAACUCACCGAUGAGCAGGUCAUCGAGAAUGCCGGGCAGUUCUUCAGAGACCAGGGCGAGCAGGUCUACCUGUCACGGCCCCCAGCCUGCCCCCUGGCCCUCUAUGAAGUGAUGCUGAGAUGCUGGGCUCGGGAUGCCAAGGACCGUCCCCUCUUCCAGCAUCUCCACCGCUUCCUGAAUGAAGACGCUCUCAAUAUGGUGUGAGCUGGGCUAUGCCAGAGUGGGGGGAGGGAUUUGGGGUGGCUCUUCUAGGCAUAGGCCUCUUGGUGUCUCUCCGGCCACAGCUACAGGGGUGGAUGGGUGGAUGGAGGGUGGCCAGACCAUGCCCAGCUCUGGGAACUGGACAUAUUGGUGCUGGAGGGGUUAGGGACAUGGGAUCUCCCUGAUGCCCUGGCUCUACCACCCCAUUCCUUGUCCCACUUCUCCUCUGCCUACCUCCUCUGAAUCUCUCUGUCUUCCUUAUACCCAUCCAUUUGUCUGUCUUCCUGACAUACAGUGGUCUAUAUUUCCUAUCUCUUUCCUAAUAGCAUUUUAGAGAAGCUGGACUGGAAGGGACCUCCUGGGGUCAUCUAGUCCAACCCCCAAUACCCAUCUACCUUCCCAUCUUCUCAUAUACAGCUGUCUGUCUGUCUUUAUUUGCCUCAUACCCCUCUAUGUAUCUCUCUUUCUCACACACAGGUUUCCAUCUAUCUGUCUUCCUCACACUUCUCUUUGUCUGUCUUCCUCACAGACAGACAGGUGGACAGCUGUGUAUAUCUUCCUCACACCAAUCUAUGUAUCAGUCUUCCUCCUAUACAACUGUCUGUCUGUCCUAUCUAUCUAUUUCCUCAUCAAAUCAUAGAGAAGUAGAGCUGGAAGGGACCUCCAAAGGCCAUCUAGUCCAACCCCAUCUACCUCUCUGUCUUCCUCAUAUACAGCUGCCUAUCUGUGUCUCUAUCUGCCUCACACCCCUUUAUGUAUCUCUCUUAUAUAGCCAGAUAGACAGAUGUGUAUGAGGAAGACAGGUACGUGGCUAGAUGUGGGGAAGAUAGGCAGACAGCUAUGUAUCUGCCUCACACACUUCUACAUAUUUGUCUUCCUCAUACACAACUAUUUGUCCAUCUGUCUGUUUUCCUCACACUUUCUACUUCCUACAUAUGUCUUCCACUUAGACAGACAGACAGCUUUGUAUCUUCCUCAGACCCAUCUAUGUAUCUGUAUUCCUCAGACACUGUAUGUCUGUCCUAUCUAUAUCUUUUCUCAUAGAAUCAUAGCGAAGUAGGGUGAAGGGACCUUCAGAGGUCAUUUAGUCCCCUCCAACAUCCAUCUACCCGUGCCUUCCUUGUCUUUCUAUUUAGCUUCUACACUCAUUUAUCUUCUACACCCAUCUGUCUGUCUUCCUCAUUUACAGCUGUCUAUCCAUCUUCCUUACUCCCAUCCAUGUCCGUCUCCCUCAUAUACGGCUGUCUCUCUAUCUGUCUGUCUUCCUUAUACUCACAGCUGUAUGUCUGUCUAUAUAUAGUCCCUCAUACUUUGUCUAUCUAUCUACCUCCCUACUGCUUAUACACUCUACGCUAUCUAGCUAUCUAUCUGUCUAUCUUCUGACCAUACACUCCACCACCUCAUGCACACUCGUCCCUCUAUUGCUUUUUGUCUCCAUCUCUCCUCAGUUCUUCCAUUCCCCAUCUGUCUUGUGUCUUGUUCUCCACCCACUUCCCCAUCUCCUAUCAUCCCUCUUUCACCCAUUCCCUUUCUUUUGCCCUUCCCUGCUCAAGGGUGUUUCCUUUCCUUCCUCUACUCCCAGAGAGGCUGACCUCCACCACCCCGCUGCUUCACUCCCCACCCUCAAAGGACUGUGAUGGGUUGGAGGGGUGGGGGUCAGGUCCCUGCCUCAUGUGAUGUUCCCUCAGACUGGGCUAACACUGGGUAUUUGCGGUGCUGUGAGGCAUCGCCAAACACUGGAUAUAUGGGAGACACUACUGACUGCAACGCUGGAGGCUGGGAGCCACGACUCAGCUUCAAUGGCCCCAUGGGGCUGAUCCAGAGACCUCCAACUCACAUGAUACCAGUGCUGGCUCUCAUGGUACUUUGAAGACUCCAGCAGAGAAAUCCGGCCCAUCCCCUUCGUCAUCAAACUCCCUCUUCCCCCAUGAGACAGGGCUAUAGAUCCUGUCUGGUUGCUGUUGGGAAGGAGAGGAGAUUUUUCACUGGUGUACCAAUGCAAACACAUUUUUGGAGUACCGUAUAUACUUGUAUACCACACACUCCUCCCCCCUUUCAAAUGAGACUUUCAAAAUGGGGGUGCAUAUCUUAAGUGGGAAAGUUGAUCCUUCUGCCCAGAAUAGCAGCCGUGGCAUUUCUAUUCAAGCAGUGUUAAGGGAGUUGAUUGACUUGAUAGCUCACUGGAAUCUAUGAAUUGCUCUUCACUCCAUGGGUGUUAACAACUCUCUUUCCUUUUUAAUGGUCUUGAUGUUCCACUAACCCAGAGUGCUGAAGAAUGUGCAAUGUAGCUCCUACGGUCUCUCUUCCCCUAUUUCACAGCCCUGUUUUGAAGCUUUUUGCAACAUUUUAAAUCCGCCCAUGGAGUGCAAUGUUCAGUAACAACUAGAGUUUCAGCUUUUGGUUGAGCUGCUUACAGUUUAGCAUUGAAAGGAUUAAGACCAGACCUUUGGCCUGAACAGAAAAAGGAGGGCAAACGAGCAGAAGUUAAUGCUCUAUCCCUACUGUAUGUGGCCUUAACUCUGGAAAAAAAAAUCUUGUAUUUUUCAUUCUGCCUUCCCAAAAAAGAGGUGUCUAUCUUACUGGGGACAUGUGGUAUGUGAAAAGAUACGGUAUAUCAGGGACACCCCAUAAAGAGCUUUUUUGCUAAUCAGGGGCCUUAACACUGUAAGAUCACCCUUUGCUUUUAAAACUCUCAAGCUGGAGCUUCUUAAAGGAGGCCUAGGGGAAUGCAGCACUCAUUCAAAUAGCUUGAGCUUUUGGUGCUUAAUUCCCUUGGGUUCCCUUGAAAAAAAACCCCACUGUCUUCUCGUUUUGUUUCCAGGGAGUAAAUAUUAGUGGCUGUGACAUAGGUUCAGUGGCUUGGACGUGUCUGUGUUUUGUCUCCUUGUUUAAAGUCCUUCCCUCUUCUCACACAACACAGUCGAAAUUUUUCUCCAUUUUUCCCCCUCCCUUGCUGAUCUCAGUAGCUUUUGUAUUAUUAAUAUUAUUAUUGUUGUUAUUGUUGUUAUUAUUUGGAAAUGGGAUCUGUACAUAUUUGGAGAGUAGAGAUAAAAAGACAAAUUUUUUAAACUAAUAUAUAGAUUUUUGUUGAUUUUUUUUUUCUUUUUUAGCUGUUUCCUUUAACAUGGUGAAUAAAAGCGUUGCAUUUUCUACCCGCGUCUCCUUGAAUUUUCUUGCCUUCUCAAAAUGCGGAAACAGCAUGUAAGGGAAUGUAAGAACAUAAGACUUGCCAUUUACUGGGUCAAGCCAUAGGUCAAUCUUGCCUAGUCUCCUGUCACACCAUGGCAGAAAGUGAAUGCUGAAAGGGAGAUUAAGCUGGGUGUGACCAGGUUUUUUCUUUUGUUCCCCUCUCAUUUGCAGUCUUCAACAUAUAAGGUCUACGAAGUUCGCAUUCAGAGGCCGUGCCCCUCACUCCUGCACUCAGUAGCUACUGAUGCCCCUUUCCUCCAAGAAUGUAUGCACUCCCUUUUUGAAUCUGGCUAAAUUCUCAGCAUCCACCGUGUCUAGUGGCAAUGAGUCCAACCCUUGAAUGCCAUGCUGGAUGACAAAGAACUUCCUUUUGUUCAUUUUAAACUUACUCCUUGCUAGUUUCAUGGUGUAACCCCUUGUUCUUGUAUUGGGGGAGAGAGAGUCAAUAAUAAAUCCGUAUUGACUUUCUCUUCACCAUAUAGUAUUUUGGAAACACUUAUGUCCUCCCUCAAGCAUCUGUUUUCUAAAUUUCUAAAUUUUCUAAAUCUGACCUUUUUUAGUCUCUCCUCAUAUAGAAUCAUAGAAGUGUAGAAAAGUAGGGUUGGAAGGGAUCUCAGCAGGUCAUCUAGUUCAACCCCAUGCUCGGAGCAGGACCAGACCCCAACUAGAUCA